AACGCUCAACGCGCACAAUCACCAUUCUCAAGUCUCAACCCGCCGCCGCCUACCCGCAAGCUCCGUAUUGUUUUUGUUGGUUUUCAGCAGGAUUAACAAAUUAGGUUUCACGGUGGCCGGUGCUUGGGUGAUUAAGUAUUGAAUAGGGUAGUUAGUAAAUUGUACACAAAAAAAUCGUACCUUUUGUUUGUCAUUGAACAUUAAUUUUAUUCAAGGCUAAACAACCGAAGACUAGAAACGAAUUAUUUAGUUUUAGUAUACUAUAUUAUAGCACCAUAGAAUGGGAAGAAUCUUUAUGUUGGCAGUGGAACUUUAAGCACUCAAAAUAAUUGUAAUUGUUGAUACCAAAUGUUUUUUGUUAUGGAUGGUUUGAAUGGAAAACGAGCAACGCCAAAGUUAAAAGAAUCAAUGGCCAACAGAAAACAAAAACAAGAUUCAGAAGAAGAAUCAGACUGUCCAGAUUUGGAGUAUAAUUAUGGAGAUACCGAUACACAUCUCAGCGAAAUGUCUGAGUUGUAUAGUUAUUCUGAGCUAGAUGAAUAUCAAUAUAACAUCCAGGAAUUUGAAAAAAUGAUUACUUCUCUGAAUUUGAAUUCAUCUUGGCUUAAUUUAACAUUUGAAGAUAAGCACGUUUUCAUGUCAAAGCUACUUGAUAAUUUAGAAGUAUCUGACAAAACAAAACGAAUGAAUGCUGCCAGAUGUGUAUUGUAUUUGACACAAGGUUGCUGGGCUGAAUGUCAGUCAGAUAAGGAUCAACAAUUAAACACAAAAGAAAAUGUACUUUUCUUGUAUAAAUACGGCAUUUACAAUAUAUUUAUUGAACUUUUAAAUAUAGAAAUAGAGCCAUCAGCGCAAAUUCAUAGAAAAUCGCAAAUAAAUUGUACAGAUUCAACAAAUUUAAGGAUUAUUUUCAAUGUACUUUAUACAUUUAUUGAAGUACUACGUAUAUCAGAAUUUGAACCUGGUGUUGAGUACAAAGAGUUUAGAGAAAACCUUUUAUCAGAUAUUGGUUUACCUUUUACUGAAGAUCAUAUAGUUGUUAAGUUAUUAGGAAUGAUUACUAGGUUUUGUAGUGGAAUGGCUCCAUAUUAUCCAAUGAAAAAAGUUUUACUAGUACUUUGGAAACUUAUUUUAGUUCUGCUUGGCGGAAUGGAAAGUUUAGAAAGAUUAAAAAAUGAGUACAGGAGAAAUGCAAAUUUACCAGAACUCCAAGAAGACCAAAUUGAAAUAAUUAAAUCAAUGAGGUCUUCAUCGCCGCCUCCUAGUUCUACUGAUAUGAUGAAUGCACAAAAACGGGGAGGAACCCGGCAAAAGCGAGGUCUUAUUAAACAGAGUUCAUUAGACGAAUCUCUUGUUGUGAUGGACUUGUCUUAUCAAAAUGAUGAAGAUUUACAAGAUUAUGAAGACCAGCAAAUGGGUAUGGAUGACAUUUCAAGUUUAAAAAAUAUACCAGAUCCAGGCGACUAUAGGCCACAGACACCACCCAUGCCGAUGGAAACAAAAGGUUUGCCUUGGAUUCCCAAAGUUCGACAUAAAGACUUGCAAUUCUUUCUAGAUCAAACUAGAGUCAAGUUUCUGGGUUUUAAAUUGGAUAAUGAUGUAGAUACAUUGAUUGGAUUGCCUGAGCCCAUUCAUGAAAGUGUUGCAAUUUUAAAACAGUACAUGUACACGUCACUGGCUGAUUAUCAAAUAAAAAAAGAAGAAACGAUUCAAAAAAACCCUUUAACCAUGGGCGAAAAUGAAAUUGACCAAACUCCUGCUGAAAUAUUAUAUCAAGCUAUGUUACCUAAUUUGCCUCAACAUAUGAUUGCCCUUUUAAAAAUAUUGUUGGCUGCGUCUCCUACUUCAAAAGCCAAAAGUGAUUCAAUAAAUAUAAUCGCAGAUAUACUUCCCGUGGACAUGCCAAUGUCAUUCUCCGAGUCUGUCAAGUUGGAGACUGAUAUCAAUAGACAAAAAGAAAUUGUAGUGAAGGCUAUAAGUGGUAUAUUACUUUUACUGUUAAAACAUUUUAAAGCAAAUCAUAUUUAUCAGUUUGAGUUUAUCUCCCAGCACUUGGUUUUUGCAAACUGUAUACCGCUGGUCAUUAAAUUUUUAAAUCAAAAUCUCGUGUCUUAUGUUUCAUCAAAAAAUACAAUUCCAAUACUAGAUUUUCCAAACUGUGUUAUUGGUGAAGGACCCGAUCUAUCGUUGGACAAUAUAGAAGUUGGAGAAUUUCCAUUGUGUUCUUGGAGAAAUGUCUACUCGUGUAUUAACUUACUCAGAGUUCUUAAUAAAAUCACCAAAUGGAAACAUUCUCGAAUAAUGAUGCUCGUUAUCUUUAAGUCUGCACCAAUUUUGAAAAAAUCUCUCAAAGUUAGACACGCAAUGAUGCAACUUUACAUUUUAAAAUUACUGAAGAUGCAAGCCAAGUACCUUGGUCGAGCAUGGCGAAAGUCAAACAUGAAAACAAUGAGCACUAUUUAUCAAAAAGUUCGUCAUAGGUUAAAUGACGAUUGGGCGUAUGGAAACGAUCUCGAAGCUCGGCCAACUGAUUUUCAAAUUGAAGAACGGUUUUUAAGAUCUGCGGUAGACAAGUUUCAUGCAAGGCGUUACUCUCAACAAUAUGAUGAUGAGUUCACUCCGAGCGACUUUUCAGUUAACACCACCUUGGGAAAACCGGUAAAAUUGUCUAAUGAGUUUCAACAGCACUAUGAAAUUUGGAUGAACCAAGAAGUCUUUCAGAACCAAAUCGAUUGGGACGCUUUAAUUACCCAUUAUUAAUGUUUUCUUGAUUAUUGAACUAGCAUAUAGUGCAUUAUAAAAUUAUGAUUACUGUAUUACAUAAGUGUUACAAUCAUAAAACGUUUUUGGUUUCUUUUAUUAUUAUACUUAGGACAAAAAAAUAUUAAUUAUUCAUUUUUUGCUUCGUCGUGCGUGUUUUGUAUGAAAAGCCCAACUCAUUAAACUAUCUCAAUAUUAUAUUUUGUCCAAUAACGAUUAUUUAAAUUUUAUAAUUAUACUAUGUACCUAUUUUUAGCAAUCUAAUCAGAGUUAUUAAAUUAUAUAAAGUAGUAAUUGUAAAA